CACCGGUCCGGGUGCCACCUCUCCCUGCUUGGGCGCCGCGCGCGAGCGCUUCCCUUCCCCCUGCGAGCGCCCGGAUAAUGUCUGAGAAUGUCCAUUUCUGGGACGCUUAGCAGCUAUUAUGUCGACUCGAUCAUAAGUCACGAGAGUGAGGACGCGCCUCCAGCCAAGUUUCCUUCCGGCCAGUACGCGAGCCCCCGGCAGCCGGGCCACGCGGAGCACCUGGAGUUCCCCUCGUGCAGCUUCCAGCCCAAAGCGCCGGUGUUCGGCGCCUCCUGGGCGCCGCUGAGCUCGCACGCGUCCGGAAGCCUGCCGUCCGUCUACCACCCCUACAUCCAGCCCCAGGGCGUCCCGCCGGCCGAGAGCAGGUACCUCCGCACCUGGCUGGAGCCGGCGCCGCGCGGCGAAGCUGCUCCUGUGCAGGGCCAGGCGGCGGUGAAGGCGGAGCCGCUGCUGGGCGCGCCUGGGGAGCUGCUCAAGCAGGGCACGCCCGAGUACAGUUUGGAAACUUCGGCGGGCAGGGAGGCCGUCCUGUCUAAUCAAAGACCCGGCUACGGGGACAAUAAAAUUUGCGAAGGAAGCGAGGACAAAGAGAGGCCGGAUCAAACCAACCUCUCCGCCAACUGGCUGCACGCUCGCUCUUCCCGGAAAAAGCGCUGUCCCUACACCAAAUACCAGACGCUGGAGCUAGAGAAGGAGUUUCUGUUCAAUAUGUACCUCACCAGGGACCGUAGGCACGAAGUGGCCAGACUCCUCAAUCUGAGUGAGAGACAAGUCAAAAUCUGGUUUCAGAACCGGCGGAUGAAAAUGAAGAAAAUGAAUAAGGAACAGGGCAAAGAAGUCACCCAGGGACACUCCAACUGCACACAGCCCAACAGACGCCCACCUGCAAAAAGCCUGGAGCCCACAGUAACAAUGGGAAGCGCUCACAGUCAACACUCAAAUGAAGUGGCACCCUAAAUGCAGACCAUCACACCCCAAGUCUGGCGGAAUAGCCCACAGACCAUCAGGCAAGUCCAGGGUCUGCCCCUGAUGCAAUACACACCAAGAAUAAGUCUAUUGACACACUCCUGAAUGAGGCGCUGCAGCUCAAAAGGCCCAGCACUCUCCUUAACUAUACCCGGGCAUGGACUCAAGGGCAAGUGGGGUAAAUUCAGCUCCCAAGCUGGUGGGUUAGAAAGGGCAAGGAAAGGCAGCGGUGGUCUUAUGAGAGUCUCUUAGGUUUUAUGAAGGUAGUCCACAUACACACAUUUUGCUGCAGGAAAUGUUUAAUUCUGCAUGUUGUUUUCCUCUCCUUCCAACAAAAGGAGGUCAGAUCGUGGGUCAUAAGCCUUGACAAUGUCGUCCUCACGUUCAUCUGUGCCCCGCUUGACAGAGACUGUAGCUUCUCUUGCUCAACACCAGCCCUGCAUUCUUCCGCAUCCUCCCCAGCUCUGAAAUCAACUCUGUUCGGCAAAUCCACCUUGCACCAGCGAGUCAAGUCGCCCCUGUAGAAAACCCCCUCCACCCUCCAUCCUCUGCUAGCUCUACCCCUCCAUAGGCGGAAAAGCCAAGUCAGGAGAACCCGAUGGAGAAUUUAUUGUGAAUCGAUUCCCCGGGCUCCUCUCCAGAGCAAGUUGUGGAGCACAGGGAGGAGCAAAGUCUCCCCAGGCGCGCGGAGCUUGACUUCUUCCUCCCGUCCUGCCCAGUCUGACCCCUGCGGAGGAGCCCCGGGCUUGUCAGCUGCUGCCCCAGCGCAGAAGCGCAGAGACCAGCCCCAGUGCCUGGCUUUGCCUCCCGAGACUCGGUCCUGGAUGGCGAUCUGCGCGCGCACGCUUCUGGGGAGCAGUCCCGCUUGCUAAGGAAAGAGGCGAAAUCGUACCUAAGCAUUAGGCCAGAGCUUACUCUCGGCUUUCUUUCCUCCCCCUGCUACCCCACCUCUCCAAUCCCCUUCAAUUCAUGGACUCUCGCUCCUGCUUCUCCCAACCCUGCAAGGGGACAUUCCAGUAGAACUUCUUUUGCUUUGUCGGUGGCAGUCGUGAAAUUGUGCUGUGUUUUGUGAUUUCUUUGGGGGUGAUUGUCUCGCCUGUUUUCAGUUGUUGCUUAUAU